CGUCAGGGUCAGGUGGCUGUCGCAAUACCUGCUGGUGGACACCACAGGCUCGAGCAGUAUUGUGCGCCACAAGUCGACCAGCAGCAGCGGUAACAUGAAGGUGUCAGCCAGGGUGCGCGGAGAGUGGCUUCAGAUCCCUUGCAAGGAUGGAAAAGUGAACAUCAACUGGUUAGGAGGAGAAGCGAUCCGCCGCUUCCACAAACUGCAGGGACCAGACUCUAGUCUCAAAAUAGGAGAGGAGCAAAUCCAAGAGAUCCGCAAGACGAAGGGCGGUGCCAUUUUGGACCCUGAUGACCUGGUUAAAGAUGUUCUCGACGACAAUGACUUCGUUUCUAUCAUUCUGUCAUCUGAUCGGACCCGGCAGAUUUCUAACAACCCAGAAACUACAGUCAAUUUGGAGGAGUACACGACUAUGAAUGGAAAAUACGAGCCUCCAGAAGAGUAUAUCUUCCUUGAUGGAAACACCUUGUCUACGGACGAUUUGGUGCAGCUGGGAAAAAGUCGCUAUAAGAUCAAGCUGACAAAUGAAGCCGAGCAGAAUGUGACCAAGUCGCGCAACCUGAUUGAUAAGAUUCUGCAAGAAAACAAGGUGGUUUACGGGAUCACAACUGGCUUUGGAAAUUUCGCGAGGACGACCAUUCCAAUCGACAAACUCGAGGAGCUGCAGUACAACCUAAUCAGGUCGCAUGCCGCCGGCGUGGGCCGCCCCCUGUCCCCGGAGAAGACGCGGAUGCUGCUGGCCCUGAGGAUCAACGUGCUGGCCAAAGGGUACAGCGGCAUAUCGCUCGCCACCCUGAAGCACAUCAUCGAGGCCUUCAACGCGUCGUGUCUAUCACUCGUGCCUGAGCAAGGGUCUGUGGGUGCCAGUGGUGAUUUGGCGCCGCUAGCGCACCUGGCUUUGGGCUUGAUCGGCGAGGGAAAAAUGUGGAGCCCAGAAACCGGAUGGGGAGAGGCUAAAUACGUGUUGGAAAGCCAUGAGCUGAGUCCGAUCAGGUUGAGUGCCAAAGAGGGCAUCGCGUUGAUCAACGGCACUCAGCUGAUCACGUCCCUGGGCGCAGAGGCUGUCGAGCGGUCCAAUCUGAUUGCAAGACAGGCGGACGUGGUGGCCGCCCUGACCCUGGAGGUGCUCAAGGGCACGUCCAGGGCGUUCGACUCGGACGUGCAGAUGAUCCGGCCGCACAAGGGCCAGAUUGCGGUGGCAAAGCGGCUCAGGGCACUGCUGCACUCGGACACGUACCCUUCGCAAAUUGCAGAGAGCCACCGUUUCUGCAACAGGGUGCAAGAUGCGUACACCCUGAGAUGUUGCCCUCAGGUGCACGGAAUCGCCCAUGACACGAUAGAAUUCGUGCACUCGGUGAUCACCACAGAAAUGAACAGUGCCACCGACAAUCCAAUCGUUUUUGCAAAUCGAGGGGAAAUUAUUUCCGCCGGCAAUUUCCACGGAGAAUAUCCCGCAAAGGUUCUUGACUUCCUCGCAAUUGCGGUUCAUGAGCUGGCUUCAAUGAGCGAAAGGAGAAUCGAGCGCCUCGUUAAUCCAGCACUGAGUGAGCUUCCGGCGUUUUUGGUGAAAGACGGAGGUUUGAACUCGGGUUUCAUGCUCGCUCACUGCACUGCAGCUUCUCUGGUGUCUGAGAACAAGGUUCUGUGUCAUCCGUCUUCUGUAGACUCGCUGAGCACCAGUGCUGGCACCGAAGAUCACGUCUCAAUGGGAUGUUUUGCAGCCAGGAAAUCGCUCUCCGUGGUCGAGAAUGUUGAGCAAGUGAUCGCCAUUGAGCUCCUGGCCGCCUGUCAGGCCAUUGAGUUCUUGCGUCCAUUGAAAACAACAGUGCCAUUGGAGGAAGUGUACAAAGUGGUUCGCUCUGUUGUCAGACCUUGGGACAAGGAUCGCUUUAUGGCUCCUGAUAUUGAAGCUGUAGUAGCCCUGCUGCGGUCUGGAAAGAUUUGGAAUGUUGUUCGUCACCACGUCGACUUCUACCAUGCUCCUCAGGAAAUCGAAACUCGCGUCUUCAGCCCAACGGCCAUAAUGGUUGGAGGACAGAGAGAAAAGGCAAGAGUGCGACCAGGAUCGGCCAAAAAGAGGAAGGCUAACGACCAAUGAUUUAUUAAUCCAAGAUUUUAACUCGUUGAUAUUUUAAAAGUUUAUAUUUCUAACCACGGUGUUGGACUUUUUGUUUUUUCGUUUUCAUAUUUUUAUUAUCUUUGUGUGUAUCGAUCUUUUUAUCAUGUUAUUAAAACUUUUAUACAAUUUUGUAAUGGA